UGCCCAAGGUCCGCCUGCCACCGGGGCUGCCGCUCGGGCCCUGCUGCCAGGGGGCGGGCGGGGCCAGCCCCGCCCGGGGCUGGGCCCACAUUAGCCUGCACUCUGCCCCGGGGGCCAGAGGGACAGGCCUGCAUGCUGGGCGGCUGAAGUGGCAGCGAAGUGACAGCAGAGCAGAAAGGCACAAGGGUCAUGGCCUUGAGGGCAGGAGAGCACAGCCAGGCCGCCAUGAACGGGCCGAAGGAAAAGGUGCUGACGUUGGACACCAUGAACCCGUGCAUCAAGAGGGUGGAGUAUGCUGUCCGCGGCCCCAUUGUGCUGCGUGCCCUGGAGCUGGAGCAGGAGCUGCGCCAGGGUGUGAAGAAGCCCUUCACCGAGGUCAUCCGCGCCAACAUCGGGGACGCACAAGCCAUGGGCCAGAAGCCUAUCACCUUCCUGCGCCAGGUCCUGGCUCUCUGCGUCCACCCAGACCUCCUGAGCAGCCCCGACUUCCCGGAAGACACCAAGAGAAGGGCGAAGAGCAUCCUGCAGGCUUGCGGGGGCCACAGCCUAGGGGCCUACAGCAUCAGCUCCGGGGUCCAGCCGAUCCGAGAGGAUGUGGCUCGCUACAUCCAGCGGCGCGACGGAGGCAUACCCGCGGACCCCAACAACAUCUUCCUGUCCACGGGGGCCAGUGACGCCAUCGUGACGGUGCUGAAGUUGCUGGUGUCCGGCGAGGGUCGCACGCGCACGGGCGUGCUCAUCCCCAUCCCUCAGUACCCGCUCUACUCGGCCGCGCUGGCGGAGCUCGCCGCCGUGCAGGUGGACUACUACCUGGACGAGGAGCGCGCCUGGGCGCUGGACGUGGCGGAACUGCGGCGCGCGCUGCUCCAGGCUCGCGACCACUGCCGCCCACGCGCGCUCUGCGUUAUCAACCCGGGCAACCCCACAGGGCAGGUGCAGACCCGCGAGUGCAUCGAGGCCGUGAUCCGCUUCGCCUUCGAGGAGCGGCUCUUCCUGAUGGCUGAUGAGGUGUACCAGGACAACGUGUACGCCGAAGGCUCUCAGUUCCACUCGUUCAAGAAGGUGCUCAUGGAGAUGGGGCCUCCGUACGCGACUCAGCAGGAACUCGCCUCCUUCCACUCCGUCUCCAAGGGCUACAUGGGCGAGUGCGGUUUCCGCGGCGGCUAUGUGGAGGUGGUGAACAUGGACGCGGCGGUGCAGCAGCAGAUGCAGAAGCUGAUGAGCGUGCGGCUGUGCCCGCCCCUGCCGGGCCAGGUCGUGCUCAACAUGGUGGUCAGCCCGCCUGCGCCCUCGGACCCCUCCUUCACGCAGUUCCAGGCGGAGAGGCAGGCGGUGCUGGCGGAGCUGGCGGCCAAGGCCAAGCUCACGGAGCAGGUCUUCAACGAGGCUCCUGGCAUCCGCUGCAACCCGGUGCAGGGCGCCAUGUACUCCUUUCCGCGCAUACAGCUGCCCCCGCGCGCGGUUCAGCGCGCUCAGGAGCUGGGCCUGGCUCCCGACAUGUUCUUCUGCAUGAGCCUGCUGGAGGAGACCGGCAUCUGCGUGGUGCCCGGCAGCGGCUUCGGGCAGCGGGAAGGCACCUACCACUUCCGGAUGACCAUCCUGCCCUCCAUGGAGAAGCUGCGUCCCCUUUUGGAAAAGCUGAGCCAGUUCCACGCCAAGUUCACCCGCGAAUACUCCUGAGUACUGCUGGGGACCAGGCCUGGCGGCCCCGGACUGACAACACACUGGGGCCCGAGGGUCUUGCUGCCCGUGGGGCUGGGCCCCUGCCUCCCUGCAGGCCUCUAAUAAAGCCGAGCCUCUGGCUGCUAGGCGGAGGCGUGCUCACCUG